UGAGGCCCCGCACGAUGCCAUCAAGUUUGGAACAUGCGUGAAGGGAAACGCAUUUUUAUUACCACCAACAAUCUAAGGCAGCCCGUUAAUGAAAAUGUUAGCAAGCUGACAAACUUUUUGGGGACAAUAGCACGUAAUGGGGAUUAUGCACCCCUUAUAUAUUCUAAUUGGAGGGUAGUGCCAAACGAGAAGAAGGAUGAUAUGUAUGAACUUGUCAUGUCCAAGUUUCAGUUUGAUAAAGAGAUUAAAUCUUGGGUGUUGAUGUCGAUUGGAAAAAAAUGGAGGGAUUGGAAGUGCGAACUGAAGAAAUUCCACUACUCGCCUCAUGAUAAUGAUGAGGCGCGGCUAGCAGACCUCAAUGAGCGUGUCCAUAUGGAUCAGUGAAAGGCCCUCAUUGAGUUUUGGAACUCUGAAGAGGGAAAGGUAUGUGAUGAGUAGCUACUAAAACCUUCACGUUAUGAAAUUACACAACUGUCUUAAGCUAAAAUUUCAUAAAUUACUCUAUUGA